CGUUCACCAAAAACAUGCAAAGAGAGAUAAAUAGAUAGGAAAACCAAUAUAUACCUAGCUGCUAAUUAGCUACUGCUGCUCAGAGGGAGAGGAGAAAGAGAGAAAGACUAAUUGGUGACGAGGCAAUGAGAGGCAGAGGAGAGGAUGACGAAGAGGCGGAGAGGAAGAAGAGUCCGGGAGCGAAGAAGGUGCCGUUCCUUGGCAUGUUCAGGUACGCCGGGCGCACCGACUUGGCGCUGAUGGCGGUCGGCACGGCGGCGGCGAUGGCCAACGGCAUGUCGGAGCCGCUCAUGACGAUCAUCUUCGCCGCCGUCAUCGAGUCCUUCGGCGGCAGCGACAGCGGCACCGUCCUCCGCCGGGUCAGCAAGGUUGUUAUGUACUAUAUCUAUUUGGGAAUUUGGUCGGCAGUAGCUUCAUUUCUCCAGGUGUCAUGUUGGACAAUGGCUGGAGAAAGGCAGUCAACACGCAUUCGAUCUUUAUACCUCGAAGCUGUUCUAAAGCAGGAUGUCUCAUUCUUUGAUGUGGAGAUGACAACUGGAGAGGCAAUCUCUAGAAUGUCUGCAGAUACUGUGCUGGUCCAAGAUGCCCUUGGGGAGAAGGUAGGCAAGUAUGUACAGCUUUUGACAACCUUUGUUGGAGGUUUUGUCAUCGGAUUCAUAAGAGGCUGGAUGUUGGCUCUUGUUAUGCUGGCAUCCGUGCCUCCAAGUAUUCUAUCUUUUGCAACCGUCUCUCGAUUACGUACUCAAAUAUCUGCGAGGAGGCAAGCAUCAUAUGACGAUGCGGGCAAUGUUGUCGAGCAGAAUAUUGGAGCUAUAAGAACGGUCGUCUCCUUCAAUGGUGAGAAGAAAGCAAUCGCACUGUAUAAUGCUCUCAUAAAAAGGGCAUACAAGGCUACUGUCUUUGAAGGGAUUGUCACUGGUAUUGGAGUAGGCAGCAUCUAUUUUGUUGUCUUCUGCAGUUACUCUCUAGCCUUUUGGUAUGGUGCUAAGUUAAUCAUCAGCAAAGGAUAUACCGGAGGGCAGGUCAUCAAUGUUGUAUUUGCCAUUUUAACUGGUUCAAUGGCUAUAGGUAACGCAUCACCCUCUAUUUCUGCUAUUGCAGAAGGGCAAUCUGCAGCACACAGGUUGUUUGAAAUAAUCAACAGAAAACCAAAGAUUGACAUCACCGAUACUUCUGGAAUUGUAUUAGAUGACAUCAAGGGCAAUGUCGAACUCGACAAUGUAUUCUUUAGAUACCCUGCAAGGCCUGAGCAGUUGAUACUUAAUGGGCUGUCCCUACAAGUACCUAGUGGUACUACAAUGGCUAUAGUUGGAGAGAGUGGAAGUGGUAAAUCAACGGUAAUUAGUAUGGUAGAGCGAUUCUACGACCCACAGGCUGGUGAAGUGCUGAUAGAUGGAAUCAACAUCAAGAAUUUGAAACUCCAGUGGAUAAGAGGAAUGAUCAGUCUUGUGAGCCAAGAACCAUUACUUUUUAUGACCUCCAUCAAAGAUAACAUAACUUAUGGUAAAGAGGAUGCCACGCUUGAAGAAAUCAAGAGAGCAGCUGAGCUUGCAAAUGCAGCAAACUUCAUCACAAAGCUGCCGAAUGCAUAUGACACAAUGGUUGGUCAGAAUGGUGCUCAGCUUUCUGGAGGGCAGAAGCAAAGGAUUGCCAUUGCAAGAGCAAUCCUCAAAAAUCCACGAGUCCUUUUGUUGGAUGAAGCUACUAGUGCUUUAGAUGUGGAGUCUGAGCGAGUAGUUCAAGAAGCGCUAAACCGGAUCAUGGUAGGGAUAACUACACUAAUUGUUGCUCACCGUCUGAGUACAGUCAGGAAUGCAGAUUGCAUAGCAGUGAUUCAUCAAGGAAAGGUAGUUGAACGAGGUGCCCAUGAUGAGUUGACCAAAGAUCCUGAUGGAGUUUACUCUCAGCUUAUUCGGUUACAACAGGCCCAUACUGAAGAAAUGCAUGACAUGCCACGUGUGUCAGGUUCGAGAUUUAAGAGUACAAGUUUAUCUUUGGAACAACCAAUCAGAGAUUCUCCCAGGAAUAGAAGACAACACUCCGUAAAACCCAUUGUACUGUCUGGACCUGAUGAUUUGCACGGGCAUGUUGCUAGCAGACAAGAACAAGAAAUUGGUGACAGUGAGUUCCCUAAGAAAGCACCAACCAGACGUCUUUAUAAUCUUAAUAAGCCAGAAGCACCAAUUCUCCUGUUAGCUGUAAUAGCUGCCUUUGUGCAUGGACUUCUUUUCCCAUUAUUCAGUAUUAUGAUGUCUGGUGGUAUAAGAACUUUAUACUAUCCAGCACACCAACUUCGAAAAGAUUCCACCUUUUGGGCAUUGAUGUGCCUUUUGUUAGCAAUCAUUUCUCUGGUUUCAAUCCAAUUGGAAUUUUUCUUAUUUGGAGUGGCUGGUGGGAAACUUAUAGAGCGCAUCCGUGCUUUGUCUUUCCAAAGUAUCAUGCAUCAAGAGGUUGCUUGGUUUGAUGACCCUUCAAAUUCCAGUGGAGCACUUGGUGCAAGGCUGUUUAUUGAUGCUUUGAACAUCCGGCACCUCGUAGGAGAUAACUUGGCCAUACUAGUGCAGUGUACAGUAACACUUAUUGCUGGGUUCACCAUAGCAUUUGCUUCUGACUGGAAGCUUACGCUGAUCAUCAUAUGUGUGGUUCCUUUUCUGGGUUUACAGAAUUAUAUUCAAAUGAGGUUCUUGAAAGGGUUCAGUGAAGAUGCUAAGGUGAUGUAUGAAGAUGCAAGUCAAGUUGUGGCUGAAGCAAUUGGCAGCAUUCGAACUGUAGCAUCUUUCUGUGCAGAGAAGAGAGUAAUUACAGUCUACAGCCAAAAGUGUAAGGCCUCAAUGAAACAGGGAAUGAGAAGUGGAAUGGUUGGAGGCCUCGGUUUCAGUUUCUCAAACUUAAUGCUGUAUCUCACAUAUUCUCUUUGUUUCUAUGUUGGUGCACAGUUUGUACAUGAGGACAAAUCGACCUUUAAAGCUGUUUUCAGAGUAAGAUAUACACAUUCAACAUUUGAGGUUAUUUUAUUCAAUGACUUGCUAAAUCGAUCUGGUACUUUGCAGGUUUACUUUGCUUUGGUUUUCACAGCUUUUGGAGUUUCCCAAACAAGUGCAAUGGCAUCUGAUUCAACAAAAGGUCGAGAAUCCGCAACAUCCAUACUAGCUUUCAUAGACAGGAGGCCCAAAAUUGAUUCAACAAGUGAUGAAGGUAUAAAGCUCGAGAAAGUCGAUGGACACAUAGAAUUCAACCAUGUGAGCUUUAAGUACCCAUCCCGCCCAGAUGUCCAAGUUUUCAGUGACUUUACUUUGGGUAUUCCUUCUGGAAAGACUAUUGCACUUGUUGGAGAGAGUGGCAGUGGCAAGUCCACAGUAAUUGCUUUGCUGGAGCGAUUCUAUGAUCCAGAUCUUGGUACAAUCUCGCUAGAUGGAAUAGAACUCAAAAACUUAACGCUGAGUUGGUUAAGAGACCAAAUGGGACUGGUAAGCCAAGAGCCAGUACUCUUCAAUGACACAAUUCGUUCCAACAUAGCAUAUGGAAAGCGAGGAGACGCAACUGAAGAAGAGAUUAUCACUGUCGCCAAGGCAGCCAAUGCUCAUGAGUUCAUAUCAAGCUUGCCUCAGGGAUACAACACUACUGUAGGCGAGAAAGGAACACAACUAUCUGGUGGGCAAAAACAACGGGUAGCUAUUGCAAGGGCGAUCUUGAAGGACCCUAGAGUGCUUCUGCUCGAUGAGGCAACAAGUGCCCUGGACGCCGAAUCAGAGCGUAUUGUUCAAGACGCAUUGGACAAGGUAAUGGUCAGCAGGACCACCAUUGUUGUAGCACACCGUCUCUCCACGAUCAAAGGGGCAGAUAUGAUUGCGGUCAUCAAGGAUGGUUCAGUUGCCGAGAAGGGGAAGCAUGAAUCCCUCAUGGGCAUCAAGCAUGGAGUUUAUGCAUCGCUGGUCGAACUACACUCAAAGGCAGCAUAAGGGGAUGUUCAGAUAUUUAUUGCCCCUUUCUUGUUUUUACAACUACAAGUUGAGAAAUGCAGCAAUGCUUGUGCUAUUUUACAUUAAAAGUCGUGUAAUCUAAUGUAAAUUGUAAACAAAUAUUAAGGCUAACCGCCUUUAGUUCUGGUUUUGGUUAGGCCUAAGAAAUCAGAGGUGAAGAUUACCUCAGUAUGUGCUUGAGUUGUUCUAGGGUAUCGGAGAUCUAUGCAUUAAUAGUGCAAAUAACAGAUCACUCUA